AUGUCGUCGAGAGCACUCCGAAAGGCACAGCGCGAGCGCGAAGAACAGGACCAACUGCGAAAGCUCCACGACGAACACGAGGAGCAGCAUGAUGAAUCCGAAGAGGACGACGAGGCUCCUGCUGCUGCCCCGUCCAAGCAGAGUCUCUUUGCCAUGCUGAACCAAGACGGCGCCCAUGACGACCAAGACGAUGCCGAAGAAGAAGAUGUCCAAGAAGAUGAAUCUGAGGGCGAACCUGAGAAGCCUGUCGUCGCCCAACCGACACCAAAGGCGACCAGAUCAAAGAAGAAAAAGAAGAAGGCAAAGAAGGCUCAACCUACGAAUGCUGCCUCUGCCAAAUCGGAUCCCUCUCUCGACGACAUUGAUCUGGCCUUGAAGUCUCUCAGCACAAAGGGCUCCGGCACUGCGACUCCUGCGAACACUGCCGACCCCAACACCAACCAAGUCUGCCGACUACUUUCCGUCGACACAUCCUCGCUCCAUGCCGCCAAUGAGAUGCGCAGACUCUUUGGUGGACGAAGCGAUGGUCUGGCUGCCCUCAGUCGUCGCCGCAACAUCUUCAUCCAGGGCAAGGAGGAGUGGCCUGUUGCCACAAGCGGUGGUCUCGGUAUGGAGGUCAUUGAAAAGAGGUCAGACGGCACCGUCGAGUACGCUUUUGUCCACAACCGCAUCUACCAGGAUGUCCAGAGCCAGUUCGAGACUUGUGUGGCCUCAAUGGACCCUCAGCGUAUGGUUCUCUUGCUCCAGCACAACCCUUACCAUAUCAGCACCCUGCUGCAGGUUUCGGAAAUUGCAAAGCAAGAGCGUGACCACACCACUUCCGGUGACUUGCUGGAGCGUGCCCUCUUCUCCUUUGGCCGUGCUGUUCACUCCACCUUCUCAGCCAACCUCCAACAAGGUAAAGCUCGUCUUGAUUUCCGCCGUCCCGAAAACCGUGAGUUCUGGUUGGCCGCCUGCCGCUACAUUUCCAACCUAGGCAUGCGUUCAACCUGGCGAACCGUCUAUGAGUGGUCAAAGCUGUUACUCAGUCUCGACCCCGAAAACGAUCCCUACUGCAUCAGUCUCGUAAUCGAUCAAUACGCCAUCCGUGGCCGCCAGCCUCAAAACUUUCUCGAUCUAGUCAACAACCCCGUCUUCACGUCAAAAUGGAAGCACUUGCCAAAUGUCCAGCUCAGCCGCGCUCUGGCUUUGAUUCGCGUGGGCGACGCAGCAAAGGGCAAGCAAUCCCUCUACACGGCCGUGAGCCGCUUCCCCUGGGUAGCAGCCCGCCUCUUCCAGGAAUUGAAUCUCGACCCACCACCCAGCAUCUGGGGCAAGACCCCACGCACCGACAGCGAGAAACUGCACUCGGAGACCUACGCCACUCGCGCCAAAGAUCUUUGGAAUACACCCGAGGCCAGCGACCUGCUGGUAGAAGUCAGUUCGGCAGUCAGUAGCGAAGUCCCCGACCCCCCUGUGGUAGACAGGGACAUCACGUUAGACGAAGGCAGACACAUCCUCAUGAGCGACACACCCACCCUCAUCGCCCUGCUCCCUCGCUCCAUAACCGCAAAAGUAACUUCGGCCUCUGACCCCCUACCACCCCCUGCCAACCUCACAACCUACACCCCCCACUCUUCCCUCCACUCUCAGCGUAACCUCCCUCCCGCCCAUCUAGGCGGCGCGGCAGAAUCCCUACGCGAACUCCAAGGCCUGUACCGCUUUUUCUCCGAACUGUUCCCUUGGUUCAACCCUACGGGAGAAGGAGAAGAAAGACCUCAACCGAGUGAAGAAGAGAUCGAGGCGAGGAUUGCAGAGAGUGGGGUUAGUGAGGAGGUGAUUGUGCAGAGGACGCAGAGGUUGAUGGAGUUGCAGCAGAGGCUUGUUGCUGUUGGCGGUGGUGAGAAUGAAGCUGUGGAGAGAGGGGAUGAGCGGCGAGGUUUGAAUGCCAGAGUUGAGGAUGCGGAUGAAGAUGACGAGUAG